ACCCCACUAUACCACGCUUCCUAUCGGGGAUAUGUGGAAAUCGUGGCGAUUCUUAUUGAAGCGGGUGCCGAUUGUAGGGCGAAAGAUGAAGAGGGCCUAUCUUCAAUGGAGCCAAUUCACGCAGGAUUUGACAAUGUCGAUGUGCUUCGAUUGUUUCUAACGAAAGAUUCCAAGGCCGACAUCAACGCCCCAACCGCAGAUGGGUCAACUCCCCUGAUUCUAGCCGCGAGACACGGCUACGAGUCAUGUAUCGACGCCCUGUUGCAACAUGGAGCCGAU